UUACACUAACACAAAAAUGAAAAAGUAAUGGCUCUAAGAACAUAAAGAAAAACAUAUAUUGCUGUACCUUUAUGGGGUUAAGUGAAUGGGUGUGACUACAACUUUGCUGUUUAUCCAGUGUGAGGCACUUUCAGUUUCAUUUCUUCCUUCUUCUCUCAGCCAUGGCGUCUGCCGAUCUGAAAGACGAGCUGCUCUGCUCCAUCUGUUUAUGUAUUUUUAAGGAUCCUGUAAUGCUGAGAUGUGGACACAACUUCUGCCGGGUCUGUAUUGAUUGUGUACUGGAUACACAGGACAAGUCUGGGGUUUAUACCUGUCCUGAAUGCAGAGAAGAGUUUCAGGAGCGGCCUGCACUGAUGAAGAACAUAAAUCUUCAUAAUGUAGCAGAACGUUUCCUGUUUACUCAGCCAGAUCCAGUGGAGAUCAGCGGGAUCUUCUGCACUUACUGUGUGGACUCUCCUGUACCUGCUAUUAAAUCCUGUCUACACUGUGAGGCUUCUCUGUGUGAUAAACACCUGAGAGUUCACAGCAAGUCAUCAGAACACGUCUUAUCUGACCCCAGCACUUCCCUGGAGAACAGGAAAUGUUCUGUCCAUAAGGAGGUCUUAAAGUAUUACUGCACUAAGGACUCUGCUUGUAUCUGUGUGUCCUGCAGUUUGGCUGGAGAACAUCACGGACACCGGGUGGAGAUGCUGGACGAAGCCUCUGAGAAGAAGAAAGGGAAACUGAAAAAUAUUCUCCAGAAAAUGACUGCAAAGAGCGAGGAGACUAAGAAAAGAGUCCAGAGCCUGCAGGAACGCUGGAGAAAAGGUGAAGAAAAAGCAUCUGGAGAAGCAGAGAGAGUCACUGUCCUGUUUACAGACAUCAGGAGACGACUGGACGACCUGGAGAAGAGGGCCCUGAACGAGAUCUCUAAGCAGGAAAAGGAAGAGUCAAUCUUACUCUCUGCUCUGAUGAAAAAGCUGGAAAUAAAGAAGGACGAGCUGUCCAGGAAGAUGAGACACAUUGAGGAGCUGUGUAACAUGACUGAUCCACUGACUGUCUUACAGGAACCAGAUACAGGUGGUGACUUGUGUGAUCCUGAGGAGGAAGGAGGUGAUGAAGACAUAAAUAGACGUCUCCAUGAUGUAGAUGAUCUGGAUGUGGCUGUGAUCUCAGACAAAUUACACACAUUAUGUGACAUAAUAACAGAUAUAAGAAGAGGGAUCUAUAUGGAGGGUCCUGCAGACAUAUUACUGGAUGUAAACACAGCUGCUAAUAAUGUCUUUAUAUCAGACGACCUGAAAACUGCAACCUGGACACAAAAUAAGCAGAAUCGUCCAGGAAGAGCAGAGAGAUUCCAGAAUAAUCAGGUGAUGAGCAACAGGAGAUUUACCUCAGGGCGACAUUACUGGGAUGUGGAGGGCAGUGGAUCAGUGGGUUGGAGGGUGGGGAUGUGUUAUCCCAGUAUAGACAGGAGGGGAGAUCAGUCAUAUAUUGGAGAUAAUAACAAGUCCUGGAGUUUGGUGAGGUAUAGUAAUCAGUAUUUAGUGAGACAUGACAGUAAAGAUAUCCGGUUACCUGACGAGAUCUCCAGUAAUAGAGUCAGGAUAUGUCUGGACUAUGAGGCCGGGCAGCUGUCCUUUUAUGAGCUGUGUGACCCCAUCAGACACUUACACACCGUCACUGCCACCUUCACCGAGCCCCUUCAUGCUGCAUUAUCUGUAUAUCGGAAACAGAUGGGUUACUAUGGAGAUACUUCUUAUCAAUAUAGCUCGCUAAAGAUUAAUAGUUAAGGAAUAACACUACAUAAGGCAUUGAUCAGUUCCUUCCUAAACCCAUGUGGUUGCAGAUGACUUCUACAGUGACUUCUAUUUAGAAAUUACUUGUCUUCUUUAUACUGCCUACUGCCUUCAAGGACAGCUGUACACUUAUCAAUUAUCAGUAUGAUUAUGCAUUGUCAUCUGAUUGUGCUAACUGCUGUUGACAGACUUUAUUAUUUUUCUUUAUGUGUAGUGUGAGUGAGUGCAGAGGCUGAGCUGCCCAAGUCCCCCCCCCCCCACUGCACAUUCAUUACAGUACCAUAGGGGUUGUCAUAGUCCCCAUUAGAACCUAUAGCACCCAGCAAGUGAGGUUAAAAGUGUGUUGUUCUUCACUUUAAUGGUGCAAACAGGGACCAUUUUAUCUUCUCACAUAGAGACACAACCCUCUUAUUGGUGACUAAUACAGAUGUAAUGUUACAUUACCCUACUUCGUGAGAUUUCCCUACCUUCAAACUUCCGGUCGCACUGCUAAGUACCUGAGGAGGCGUUCCUGAGUUUUGACGAUCUGCGCAUGCGCAA